AUGAGCGACCACUCUCUUCAAUCCAGAUCAGCAUCCAUGUCAAGAGAAGCGAUGGACAUUACUCGAUAUGAAAUCUUUUCGCACACAGUAGACGUCUGGAAAGUUGUAAACGAAGACGACGAGGACAUUGACUUUGAGCCUGAUUGCUUCGAGUCAGAUCCACCAGAGUAUUCGAAUUCGAGCUUGACAAAUGAUCACCAUAGUACGGCCACCACCAAGGACGAGCCUAUGGAUACAUCAAUGAAAGACGAGCUAAAGCAAGAGGUGAAAGUAGCAGUAAAAGUAGAGCACAUGGUUGAUUACAGUCCACCUUCCGCCAAAAGAAACCAGCCAGAAGAACGAGAGCCCACGCCAAAUUUUUCUCCUAUUAGAGCAGCUCAAACAGACCACACCUUUCCUAGAAAUCUGCGCAGAAAAUUGAACGAUUCCACACCGAGCUCGGCCUCUGCUCCACCUACUACUAUGAGACACUCGCCCACGACUCGACCUUCGCCUCCAUUGGCAUCACAGACCCCUAAUACAAGUAUGAUAGCUACUCCUACAGAGCUUCCCUCUUCGUUAUCCUCUGGCAGCAGCAGCGAAGGCUUGUUCAAUAUCAGUAUCCAGAAUGCCAACGACUCUAGCAGUCUUGAGCGCAAUGUGUCUUCGCUGAACAUUGCAUUUGAUAACCCAUCCACGAAGGAAUCUCCUCCUCCCUCAUUCAAAACUGACAAGCAACAAAAGACCUCAUCGCCUCCUCGACAACAGCACACACCCCCCAAUUACAUCAGUCCCGCCAGAAAUUCAUUACAAACAAAAGCCGCACCACUGAAACUAGUAGAUCAAUUUGCAGUGCCCUCAAUUAUUCCGAGAAAUCACAAUGGAAAUCAUCGCAAUUAUGCAAAUUUCAACCAUGACAGAUCUGUGCCACAAGCACCCCGUGAACAGGAACGACUGACUAUCAACAACCAUGAAUAUACUAUCCUUAAGGAAAUUGGUAGGGGCAGCUCGGGCAAGGUGUUCCAAGUACUGGGACACACCUACGGCCAGAUACUAGCACUGAAGUGGAUCGAGGUCAAGCACGAGGAGGAUCGGCAAAGCAUCAUUAACGAAAUAGAGCUGCUGAGGUCACUCAACAAUCAUGCUGCCAUUGUGAGUUUACUGGAUUAUAGAGCAACACCGUCUGUCAUCUACAUGGUGAUGGAAUUUGGCGAAAUCGACCUGGCACAGCUGAUUCAAAAGCAGACCAAGAAGGCAUGGGAUAUUAAUUUCAUACGCUAUUACUGGAGUCAGAUGCUAAAUGCAGUGUGGACAAUUCAUCAAAACAACAUUGUUCACUCUGAUUUGAAACCUGCCAACUUUGUGGUUGUUAAAGGAUGGCUCAAAUUGAUCGAUUUUGGUAUAGCAAAGAAAGUGUCUGACGAUACCACAAAUAUUGAACGAUGCGUUCAAGUGGGCACUAUCAAUUACAUGUCGCCGGAAGCACUCUCUGACAUCAAUGAAGGCCGAGGAGAAGCAGGGAGCCUGAUGAAGCUGGGUAGGCCCAGCGAUGUCUGGUCUCUAGGCUGCAUCCUAUAUCAAAUGGUCUAUGGAAAGACUCCUUUCUAUCACCUUGCUUUAGCACAAAAAGUCGCUAGUAUACCUAACCCCAAUCAUCAAAUCGCAUUUCCAGCCACAAUAGCACCCACAGAUGAGACAUCAAGGCCCAUUGAAGUGCCAGUGACGCUUCGACAAAUAUUGGAGCAUUGUCUAGAUCGAAAUCCAUCAUUGCGCCCUCGCAUCAAUGAAUUGAUGACACAUCCAUUUCUACAGUAG